UCCGCUACGGCUCUUGAGAGGGGCCAAUUCCAGCCGUUCCGCGUCUGUCCCGGCCCGCUGCGGGCCGCUCCGCGGGUGCCUCGCCCGGGCUGCCCUAGGCGCUCGGCCAACGGCCUCUGAGAGCGCCCCGGGAGCCGGCGGGCGGCGGCCGUCUCCGGGACGCUCCAGAGGGCCCAGGGGGACCAAGGGGGCUCCAAGUCCAGCCCGUGCACAGUGAAGCAAGCUAAGGAUUUAAUAUGAGGCACAGAAGCAGAUAGUGCCAGACAACAAGCAGCACUUGGUACACAUUUCUGGAAAAGCAGUGUCCGUGUUGUUAUGUACACCUCCAAAACAGUUCAGAUCUGUAGGGGAAUUGUUGUGUAAAGUAAACUGAACUACAGGGUAGCAGUGUUUCUCUAGCUAUUGUAGGCCUGUAUUUACCGUAUUAAAAUGAGUAAAAGAACAAGCAGUGACACACCAGUAGGAAGGGUUAGUGCGGCAGCAUUUCCUUCUCCCACUGCUGCUGAGAUGGCAGAAAUUAGUCGCAUUCAGUAUGAAAUGGAAUACACCGAAGGUAUUAGUCAGCGAAUGAGGGUCCCAGAAAAAUUAAAAGUAGCACCACCAAAUGCGGACCUGGAACAAGGAUUCCAAGAAGGCGUUCCAAAUGCUAGUGUGAUAAUGCAAGUUCCAGAAAGGAUUGUUGUAGCAGGAAAUAAUGAAGAUGUUUCAUUUUCAAGACCAGCAGAUCUUGACCUUAUUCAGUCAACUCCUUUAAAACCUCUGGCACUAAAAACACCACCUCGUGUACUUACACUAAGUGAAAGACCACUCGAUUUUCUGGACUUAGAAAGACCUUCUCCAACUCCUCAAAAUGAUGAAAUCCGUGCAGUUGGCAGGCUAAAAAGAGAGCGCUCUAUGAGUGAAAACGCUGUUCGCCAGAAUGGACAGCUGGUCAGAAAUGAUUCUAUGUGGUACAGAUCAGAUUCUGCCCCAAGAAAUAAAAUUUCAAGGUUCCAGGCAUCGAUUUCUGCACCGGAGUACACUGUGACACCAUCGCCACCGCAGGCACGGGUCUGUCCUCCCCGUGUGUUACCUGAAGAUGGAGCUAAUCUUGCCUCUGCUCGUGGCAUUUUGUCGCUUAUCCAGUCUUCUACUCGUAGGGCUUACCAGCAGAUCUUGGAUGUGCUGGAUGAAAAUCGCAGUGUAAGAAGACAAAAUGAAACACGUUAUGAAAGACCUGUGUUGCGUGGUGGGUCUGCCGCCGCCACUUCUAAUCCUCAUCAUGACAACGUCAGGUAUGGCCUUUCAAAUGUAGAUGCAGCAAUUGAAGGAGCGGCGGAUGACAUGACUGCUGUAGACGCAGCUUCAUUAAGACGACAGAUAAUCAAGCUAAACAGACGCCUACAACUUCUAGAAGAGGAAAACAAGGAACGUGCUAAGAGAGAAAUGGUCAUGUACUCAAUUACUGUUGCGUUCUGGCUGCUUAAUAGCUGGCUCUGGUUUCGCCGCUAGAGGUAACCUCAGCACUGAAAUACCUUGUCUCAACUGCUGGAAAUAUAAAGGCUUUACACACUUCUUGGUUUCUGUCUUUGCAUUGUAUGCCAUUUUAUAUAGCCCGUGCCCUAAAAAAACGUGUUUCUUCCACAAAGUAGGGAAAUGGACCUAUAUUUGUAGAAGUAAAGGUAUAUUCUGUCUCUCAGCUGUAUUCUCUUUAAGCUAGUUCUGCAGGAAUACCUUACGUAGCAUUCUUUUGCAUGUUUUGUAAAUAGGUUCUACCUUGGUUUUUUUUUAAAAGAAAUUGAUUUUUCGCCUCAUCAGUCCGCACAACCGAGCCUCUGAAAGGGAGAGAGAGUGCACCAAGAAUGGAUGUAGAAAGGUAUCUGUAAAAGAAAAAAGUGUGUUUUGUGCUGUUUCUUGAUACUAGUAAGCAGUUUUGUUCGUAGACAUUUUUGCCCCACCUUUCAACUAACACUUUUGAAGUCAUGGUCUGGUACCAGAUUUAAGAAAGUCAAGUCACCUAAUAUUUCAUGAUCACCUGUACAAAUUAAAUUAAUUCCUGACAAUUCAGAAGUAAUAUGUGUGUGGUAUGCGUGUAUUAUUUUCAUUUUAGUUUUGCAGAUGGUUUUCUAUAAAACACAUUUGUAUUAAGUCCAUGUGUAAACAGUUUUAAAAAAAAAUCAAAUGGCAGAAUAAGGUACAAAUGUCGUGUAUUUAAUAAACUGUCAACCAGA